CCCCCGGUGCCCGCCCUGCCCGGCGCCGCUACCAGAAGAGCGCCCGGUGUGGCGGCGGGGGUCGAGCAGGCAGAUGGAGCUGCCUGGCCUGGCUUCUGGUUUUUGGAUGCUUAUUUGCUUCUAUGUAUCUGUGAAUGGAUAUCCAAAUGGGAGAGUAAGAGAAGCCUGCAUGAGCAUGAUACCCUGUCAUGGUAGCUCACCACAACCUUCACCUGUGCACAUCAUUACAGUUAAUUGGACUGAAUUUAAACCUGGGGACACUAUAGAAGUUCACCUGUCUGGACCAGAUUUUGAAGGAUUUUUCAUACAAGCCCGGGAUGCAGAACACUUGGAUAGCCCUGCGGUUGGUUACUUUAUAUUAGUUGACCGGAGACAUUCUCAGCUUCUGACAUGUGGCCGUACCAAGAAUUCAGCAGUCAGUCACACAAGUAAAGCAAAAAAGAAUUAUGUAAAAGUUUAUUGGAUUGCUCCUGGAAAUGCACCAAAACACAUACAAUUUCUAGCCACAGUUGUGAAGAAGUACAGGACUUUCUGGGUGAAGAUUCCUGGUCCUGUUGUUUCUCAGCCUAAUGCACCAUUCCCAACAACACCCUUAUAUGUGACAUCUGAGGCUAUAUCAACAUCACAUUCAGUUUCCUACUUAACAAAGCCAUUUAAUGCAUCAGGUUGUGGAAGUAUGAAGUUCUGCAUUAGGAAUCCUUCAAACUGUGAUCCUGGAAGUGCUUCGUGCCUUUUCUUAUCCUUCCAGCUGCAGAAGAGUUCGGUACUUAUUGAAAUGAGUGGCGCCAGUGAAGGGUACUUGUCAUUUGCAUUGUCCUAUGACCAGUGGAUGGGUGAUGAUGAUGCAUAUCUGUGUAUUAACGAGGACCACCAUGUUAGUGUAAGCACUGCAUACCUGAAGGGACGAAGACCUCCUGUGUUGGAUUCAGAGAAUGCCCUUGAAGAUGUGUCAUGGAGGCUUGUCGAUGGUGUUCUUCAGUGUUCUUUUAGAAGGAGUAUUCGUCUUGCAGCAUAUAAAGAGAGGUUUAAUCUAGAUGCCAGUUAUUAUAUCUUUCUGGCAGAUGGGGAAGCUAGUGAAGGUGGGCCAAUAUACAAACAUCGUCGUCAGCCUCUAAUUACCAAUGGAAUGUACAAUGUCACAGGUGUUCCUCAGGAUAUUGGAGGUUCUCGGUCCCCAAGACUCAUCAAGGCUCAUGGAGCACUAAUGUUUGUUGCUUGGAUUACCGCAGUUAGUAUUGGUGUCAUUGUUGCACGAUUCUUCAAACCUGUCUGGUCUCAUUCAUUCCUGUUUGGAAAGGAGAUGUGGUUUCAGGUGCAUCGUAUGCUUAUGCUGACCACCGUCAUGCUUACAAGCAUAUCUUUUGUUUUGCCUUUUAUAUACCGAGGAGGUUGGAGCAAACAAGCAGGUUUUCAUCCCUAUCUCGGCUGUACUGUGAUGGCUCUCACAAUCUUUCAACCACUUAUGGCAGGUUUCAGACCAUCUCCUCAUGCACCAAGGAGGCAAUUGUUUAACUGGUUUCACUGGAGUACUGGUACAACAGCUAGAAUACUAGCUGUGGUGACUAUGUUCUUGGGAAUGGAUCUACCAGCACUUGACCUACCAGACCCAUGGGACACCUAUACAAUGAUUGGUUUUGUAGCUUGGCAUGUUGGUAUUGAUGUUCUUCUUGAAAUACACAGCUACUGUCUCAUACAGAAAGCUGAAUUGAUAGAGGAUGACAGAGUACAGAUAUUGCAGUCACUCACAUCUGCAGAAGCAGAGGGUCAUCUGUUUAAACAGAUUGUGUUAACGAUCUAUGUCUGUGGAAAUAUAGUAUUCCUCAUUGCCUUCCUGGCAGCAGUCUACCAAAUAUGAAAUAAGUAACUGAAGACUCUGCAGUGAAGUACUGUGCACUUGAAAAACCUGUGAGGAAUACUUUAUUAUGUUUCCCUCAACACAUCCCUGAAGAUGUAAUCGAAGAAUAAUAGCACAUGUUAGGGAGAACUUGAAUUCAAAUCAGUAGAAGGAUGCUGGAAUCCUGCAAAAACUGUCUUCUGAUGUGAUUUUUAGUGUGAGUCUUUGCCUGAGUAAGGAAUUAAGUUUCUAUUUUUAGUAAGCGUAGUAACUAACUUGAUUGGAGUUUAUAGGCUAAGAAGACUGAGAUGUACUGAAACCACUGUUUUGAUAGUUAGUUCCCUAAACCUUUUGGGAAUGUUAAUGGAAAGCGUGAUCCCAAAUCUAUCAUAUCUGUUCACUUUACUGUGUUCUAAUGAUGUGAAAUGUGACAAUUUCCUGCUCGUGACAGUUGACCAUCACAAAAACUUACUGAAGACAACUGUCACAAAUGCAGAUUAAUGCAUUCUUUAUCUUUGCAGUUAAAUGCAAAAGUUAUUCUCUGCUCUAAGAGCAGUACACAUGUGCAUACGGGUUUGGGAACUUCAGUCCUGUAGUUAAAACACCAUUUACAUCACUCAAAAUACUGUUUUGUUCCCCUCAGUGCUUCUAAACCAUAAAGAGAAAGUAUGUUGGCAAUACAAAUGCAUUAAAACCAGUUGUGCUUAUAUAACAAUCAAACAGGAAGAACCUAUCAGUAUAUGCAUGUAUUUGUUUAUGGUCUUGGCCAGUUGUGGCUUCUGAAUUACUGUUCUGUAUGAAUAAGAUGGGUUUAUGCUACUUGAUUCUUAAAUUUAACUUAAAUGAAAAUAUUUGUUGGAUAAUGUUACUCUUGUGUUUGCACUGUUGAGUGAAAUGGAGACUUGGAGUUGACCUGACUUCAGGAAAACACAGCUUCUGUUAAUGUUAAAUGGGUUCUUUGAGCUGUUGUACCUAGGAGACUGACUUGUCUCUAUGUGGAUAAGGGAGAGCAUUUUCUAGUCAAUAACAGAUUCAUCUGAAUGAUAUGAACUAGGUAAGGGUCAUGGAAAGAGAUUAUUCUUAAUUCUUUGGUUCAUGGUUUACUUAGAUAUGGAGGAUCACUCUAGAACAGAAUCUCAGAAGUUAACCCUUAACAAAGCACUGAACUGCAUGACACAUUUCUUGUAACAAUUCAAAGUAUACUUCUAGCCUAGGGCUAUUAACCUAGCUAAGAAUAAAGGUGUUGGAGUACUAGAACAGCAAAUACUGGAGCAUAUCUUGUUAUCGACUGUUUUAGCAAGAGCUCUCUACUACCUGACAGACAGGGUUAAAACACUCAUAUGGGUCAGGAAAUAGUUCUCUCCAUUUACUAAUGCAGUCUAGUUUGGCCUCUUCUGAAAUCCACAAUGCAGUCUGCAGUGACAAAACAUUCAGAAAGCUACAAGUUUGUAGUCAGUUAUCUUGGCUGCUCAAGAAAUUUCCUUAGCCAUAAGAGCAUAUAUAUAGCUGAGAUUAAUCCCUCUGUCAGCAGCAGCAGUAGACUGAAAGGUGAGUGUAAGUUGAAUGGUCCCUUUCCUCCCAACUGGAGAAGUCUAUCUCAGAUUGAGAAGCGGAAGACCAUGAAGAAAUACGGCAAAACACAGGCUGAAGGGCAACAAGCACUUCCUUGUGCGUUUUUUGAUCUUUUUGAUCUCAGAAACCUGGGAAUCACAGGUCUACUUAAUACUAAAAUUUUGAGGGACUUUUGUAUACUAUAAGUUUAUAGAAGAAUCUCUAAGCUUAGGUGUGAUUGGCUUUUUAAAUUAAGUCAAUGCCAAAUUAUUUCUGUAAUACAAUAGCUGUGCUAUGUUGCUUCAUUCUCAUGUGAAAGUGAUCACAGGGUUUUUAAAACAUGAAUGUAGGUAUCUUAAUAAAAGCUUUUUUAGUAAAGUGAAAACACUAUCAAAUAGAAAUUAGAAAAGAAUAGUUUUGUCUAGCAGCAAAAUGGAUUGUCUGUUUUCAUAGUAGGUGCUUAUUUUAUAAAUUAAAACUAUUUAAAUUCUUCCUGGAGAAACUUGUACUGAAAUUGAAUGUUGGAAUAUUAACAUGUUUCUCUAACGUAGAAUAGCUCUCUCCCAAGAGCUAUAGAGCUGGCAGAUUUUUUUAGUUGCUCUUUGGAUAACUUUUUCUUUCCUGGUACUGGCAAUAUUGUGUAGUUUGUGUGAGGCCUCUGUAGCAUAUUCUAACAUCUUUGAUUUAAAGACUUGUUAAUUUUGUGUUCCCCCUGCAUGACUAGUAAAAGGAAGCAAUGUGUGAUUAUAUUCUAGUGACUAUCCCUACAUUCCUAUUAUAUUCUCUUAAAAAAUAAGCUAUGCAAGAGUUUGCUAACAAAAGGCAGGUAGCAGGAAUUUUGGCUCUAGAGGCACUACUGGCUGCUGUACAUAUCUUUUCUUUAUUGAUAACUUAAUAUUGUUUGGAGGAAGAUUUCCCUUUUCUUCAUAAAGGAAUCCCACUGAAGAGAACUUCAUAAGAAGAGAUCAAGAAGGUUUUGAUGUUCUUUCAGACUCAGAUUAAACUUGUGGUGACAAAUCAACAGUAGUAUAUUUCUGCUUGGAUUCUUCUAGAUAGGCAAAUACUCCCUAGUGAGUGGAAAUUCACCACAGAAGUUUAUUGUUUUGAUUGAAUUGUUAAAUGAAGUCUUCAAAUACUUCAAAUCAUCUGCUCUUUACAACUACAAAUAAUGUUUCUUGUAUAUGUUUAGAAGAAAACUAAGUGGUGCAAGUUGCUUGAAUGCUUUUGAACUCUUUGCUAUUUUGCUUUACUUGGAAUCAAGUUUUUGCUAGUUGAUAUGCAGGCUGUAGAAUGAAUUAAGAAAUAAAACUUUUUUUAUGGUGAAUGCUACACUAUUUCCUUUUAUUCCUUUUAUCAAAAAAAACAACAACAAAACACAUUUGGGGGAGACUUGUAUUGAGCGUAAUUUUUUUCCUUUUGAAAAGGUUUGAAAAGGUUGGAGAGAGCUUGCCUAGCUUUUGUUUUGUAUCUGUAUUUAUAACGCUAUGUGGCGCUCUUGCUUAAAUAACAGCGUUUUUAUUUUGCUUUCAACAAAUGUUGAAAAUAGGAACUGUUCCUAAAGCUUGAGAAUUUUUAUGAUUAGCUGAUUUAUUCAGUGAAUUUAAGUUCACUUUAAAGCAGUUCAUACAGAUGAAAAUAAAUGUUUCAUUAUGUCUAAGCUUUUGUUUCUAUAGUUAUUACCUGUUUUCUUUUGUCAUGUAAAUUGUACUUUACAUGUGUACAUCCUUUUCCAAACAACUUAAGAUAAAUGGCAAUCACGGAGGAGGAACCG